CUGGGAGUUGGAAAAGUUUACACAGCUUUGGAACAACGUGUUGCAGUCAUCAUCGGACAGCUUUUAGUACAUCACACAGCACAGUGUUCUUGUUCAGAUUGUAUUCAGUAUAUGAGUGCUUGGAUCAUUUUACAAUAUACUAUGGAUCUCCGAGAAAAAGCAAUGACCCGUAUCAUUCCAGAGACAGAAGUAGUCCUCCACACUACCAUCAAUGGUGGCCCAGAAACUGUUGAAAACAAUGAAGCUCAGAAAGCUGUGGCUAAGUUACAGAGAAGACGGAGUGAUAUCAAAAUAUAUAAGGAAUUCUGUGAUUUUUAUGCCAGAUUCAACAUGGCAAAUGCUCUGGCUAAUGCCAUGUGUGAGCGAUGUAAAAGUGGCUUUGCACCUGCUGAGAGAAUUGUGAACAGUAAUGGAGAAUUGUAUCAUGAGCAGUGUUUUGUGUGUGCUCAGUGCUUCCAACAAUUCCCGGAGGGACUCUUCUAUGAGUUUGAAGGGCGAAAAUACUGUGAGCAUGAUUUUCAGAUGCUUUUUGCCCCCUGUUGUCAUCAGUGUGGUGAGUUCAUCAUUGGCCGUGUGAUUAAAGCUAUGAACAACAGCUGGCACCCAGAGUGUUUUUGUUGUGAUCUCUGCCAACAGAUUCUUGCUGAUAUUGGAUUUGUGAAGAAUGCUGGCAGGCACCUCUGCCGUCCGUGUCAUAACCGUGAAAAAGCCAGAGGUCUGGGAAAAUAUAUCUGUCAGAAAUGUCAUGCCAUCAUUGAUGAACAGCCUCUUGUAUUCAAGAAUGAUCCUUACCACCCUGACCAUUUCAACUGUGCCAACUGCGGGAAAGAAUUGACUGCUGAAGCUCGAGAGCUGAAAGGAGAGUUAUAUUGCCUGCCUUGCCAUGAUAAAAUGGGUGUCCCGAUUUGUGGCGCUUGCCGACGGCCAAUUGAAGGACGUGUAGUUAAUGCAAUGGGAAAGCAAUGGCAUGUGGAGCAUUUUGUCUGCGCCAAAUGUGAGAAACCUUUUCUGGGUCAUCGCCACUAUGAAAGGAAGGGUUUGGCUUAUUGUGAAACUCACUAUAAUCAGCUAUUUGGUGAUGUUUGUUACCACUGUAAUCGUGUGAUUGAAGGAGAUGUUGUAUCGGCUUUGAAUAAGGCCUGGUGUGUUAACUGUUUUGCCUGUUCAACUUGCAACACCAAGCUGACACUCAAAGACAAAUUUGUUGAAAUUGAUCUGAAACCAGUCUGUAAACAUUGUUACGAGCGAUUGCCUGAAGAGUUAAAACGGCGACUUGCUAAACGAGAAAGAGAUUCAAAAGAGAAACAGAGAAAGAAAAAAAUGAUGGAUAUCUGCCUAAAUAAGUUUGUAGAGUUUGAUAUGAAACCAGUUUGCAAGAAAUGCUAUGAGAAAUUCCCACUGGAGCUGAAGAAAAGACUGAAGAAACUGGCAGAAAGUGCUGGACGGAAAUAAGGAGUCUACUUGUGCUUUUAUAGCCAAUUUGUAAAGUAGCUGUUUUAAAUACAAAUACUUUGUAAAAACAAGUCAGCUGAGUACAUCCUGUGCAACAUGCUCUAUGCAAGAGAUUUAAAGACAAAAGACAUUUGUGUUAAAGCUUAAUUUUGGAAACAAACAACUUAUGACUUUAUCCUUACAGAGGCAGGACCUAUUUGGUCAACAUCCUAUCAAAAAGUAAACCCUACUGGAAAUUUUUUGACAUUUUUUGAUUUGAUGACAUCUUUCUUUGUUGUUUGUUUACUGCUGCCAACAGCGCCCUAGGAGUUAAGUCAGAGCAAUAUUGUGAUUUAGUACAAACAUGUUUUGUGUACAUUGUCCCUUCUCCCUUCCAAUAGGGAAGUGCUUUAUCAAUGGCCUGACUAAUUUUGUGAACUCGCUCAGAACCCAAAUCGCAUUAUUCUGAAAGCAUGCUGAUCUGCAUGCCAUAGCAGAGUUCUGUCUAAAAGUGGAGAAUUGUAUUGAUUUUUCCUGUUACAUGGUACUAUUGUAUUACAUUUUCAGAAACAUUUUGGUACAUGCUGUUACAUCUCCAUGUGCACAUCUAAAAAUGAAAAUCUGAAGUGCCACUGAAUUUUUUCAAACCCAUUACAACACAGGGAAUUAGUAUCUAAUCUGCUCGCUUGCAGUAACUAAGACUUUGGAAAAUUAUAUCCUGUCUACUUAAUACUCAAAACUGCUAUGGUUAAGAGUAUCACUCAAUGCUUAAUGUUAAAAUAUCUUUCACUUAAUAUGCUUCACUCCAAGCCUACACUACAUAAAAUAUUCAAGGCAAGGCUUUUUUAUUUCUCAUUGUGUAUAGCUUCUAUAAUCAUUUACAUUUACAAAAAAAGUUAAAUCAAAAUUCAGUUUCACAUAUCUUCACAACCAUUCUGAUCUUUAUAUAUAUGUUCUAAUAAUAUAUAUGCAUAAACCUUUGCUAUUUUUAUACAGUUUGUAACCAAUAUAGGGUGUUGAUUAUAAGCUGUAUUAUUACCAGAUAAAAUUUCAUUAGGUAGAAGAUAAAUUACCAAUAUCCCAUUUUUUCAAAUGGAUUAUAGACUAGAUGGCUUUAAUUUUUAAAAAUACAGUUACAAAAUAAAACAGUUAGAGGUAAAACAGGAAAACCAUAUACCAAAUGCCAUAUGGUAACUUAUUUCUGCAUUUUUCAAUUAAUUCUCACCUCUAUUCAUCUUCACUGUAAUAGCUGCAGUAAUCAGCUUUGACAGAAAAUAGCUUUGUUUGCAUGAACUAUUUUUAAAAAUAUUGUAAAUCAAUUUAUGCAUUGGUUUUCCUAAUAUAUUUAGCAUGGUAAGCACCGUAGUACAACACUUAAAGAAAAUAUGCUAUGAUUUCCCUACAUGUACUUGAAAACAAAGUUGAUCAACUGCAACAUUUUUAUUAUUAAUAUUCUGUGAAAAAUAUAACAUUAAGAGAAAUGUUUUGUGUCUUAAAAUCUGUGAUGUUAGUUACCCCUUAUAGUUCAGCAUAGAUAUUUUACAAACCAUCAGUAAAAGAUGCAACUUAUGUAGUAUUUUAUAAAGUUUAAUUUAAAUACCAAAACUCUUGGACACAUCAGUAGUAUCCAAUAACUUUCUUUUGUUGCAGUUGAGCACAUUUCUUAAUUCUUGUAAUAAAUGCUGGUGCUAAGUGUUGAGAUGGGGUAAAAUCUGAAAACAAGUUCAUCUCAAAUGUCAGUUCUAUAAUUACCCACUUGUAAGUUUUCAUAAUGGUGCUGACAUCUACAUUUAAUUUCUUGAAAACUAACGCUUUUCCAGUGCGGUGUAAUGGGAAACAUAAUGAAUUUGUUAUUUUAUCAUUAAAGAAUGUAGUUUUCUCUCUGCAUAUCACACCUAUACAGUAUUCCAGUAUUAUGUAAUAAAAUUGACCGUGUAUGAAA